AUGGAUUCAGGCAGCGUUGAACAAAGGCUCCAAGCCUUAGCACAAAAUUUUAUUGCCGAGAAAGCAGUGAAACUGGGUUCAGCAGCUCCUGCCAGCACCGCCGCCGGUUCGAGCAAACGAGCAGCGGUUCUGGUGUGUUUGUUCAAAGGGGAAGAUGGCGAUCUGCACGUCAUUCUCACAAAGCGAGCCUCAACUCUCUCUUCUAACCCCGGCGAUGUUGCGCUCCCCGGCGGGAAAAGAGAGGAAGGGGAUGCUGAUGACGUGGACACUGCCCUUCGGGAGGCCAAGGAGGAGAUCGGCUUGGACCCUUCCCUAGUCAACGUUAUCACCGUUCUUCAACCCAUUGUAACCAAGCGUGGGAUGGCUGUGGUUCCUGUAAUUGGCCUACUUUCAGACAUAAAAGCAUUUAGUCCAGCUCCAAAUGCUGCAGAAGUGGAAGCAAUGUUCUACGCUCCCUUAGAAAUGUUUCUCAAGGAUGAGAAUAGGAGAGCAGAGGAGAGAGAAUGGAUGGGAACCAAGUAUCUGUUACAUUAUUUUAACUAUGAAGCAGAUGGUAAAGAGUAUGUCAUCUGGGCUUUAACUGCUGGCAUUCUGAUAAGGACGGCAUCAAUUGUCUACCAAAGGCAGCCACCAUUUUCCGAGCAAAGGCCGAAAUUUUGGAGUGAUGUUGCUCAGAACACCGCCAUGCCAUAG